AUGGUAGCGGCGAUGGUGAUGGCGGUUAGUUCAAGAGUGAGUGUGGCCCGUAGUGGAUCAGUGAGAGACCGUAUUAAGAGUACAUCAGAGACUAAGGUUUAGGAUUGAAAGCAAACAGGGAGCCGCAUUCUCAAACGAAUCAUCAACCGCAAUGGACGUCACGAGAGAAUACUGGAUGAGAGUGACCAUGACAGCGGCGGUGGUGGUGGCCGUGGCUGCUAAGGCCCCGGGUACUCUACACAUCAGCCUGCACAUCAAGCAGACACGAGUGACGGACGUAAGUACUGUGGAAAAGGAAUUUGUGACGGAUAUAAACAUGGCAGAAGAGGAACCCAUCAAUCUGUACGUCAAUCAUACGCAAGUGAUGGACAUAAGCAUAACAGAAGGAAAAUCUGUCUCCAUCAUUUUCAUCGCUAACCUUCCGCCUCCUCACACCAACACAUAUUUUCUGAUAGAAGAGCACAGCCCAGAUGGAAUAAGCCAUGUGAUGGUGGUGCCACCAGUGGUCAAAGCAAAGAUCAGCAUGAACUUCACCACAGAACCUAAAGUAAUGGGCACCUUUAACCUCAUUGGAACCCUUCUGGGCUUCACCAACAUCACCAUCAGCCUGGUAACAGGUCAAGGAGGAACUUUACUUACAAGCAGGCCUUACACCAUCAAGGUGCAGAGGAUCCACAGCUUCCUGGAGAAAAUCUUCUCUCGGUGCCUGCUGGCUGUCAUCACUGUUGUCUACAUCAACAUGGGCUGCACUCUCGACACCGCUGGUGUUAUUGAUACCCUGAGAAAACCCUUUGCACCUGUAAUUGGAUUAUUCUUGCAGUACUUACUUAUGCCAAUGGUAUCUUAUGGGAUUGGUUACACUUUAUUCCGGGAACAACCUGCACUGUGGUUUGGAAUGUUAAUUGUGGGGAGCUGCCCAGGUGGUGGUGGCUCCAACACCUGGACACACUUGCUGAAUGGUACACUGCAUGUCUCAGUUACCAUGACAUUCACCUCAAUGGUGGUUGCCUUUAUUGCUCUGCCACUCUGGUUUUACUUGCUGGGUGACACCAUCUUUCAAAGUGGCAUUAAACUCUUGCCCUAUGGAGAAAUGGCUGGUCUGAUGUUUGGGAUUGUACUGCCCUGUGCUGUGGGCAUCUCCAUCAGUCAUCUUCUGCCUCGAGUUGCCAACAUCCUCAGGUCUCUCCUCACCCCAGCAGUGGUCUUCUUUGUACUAUUUGCAACAACUCUUAGUGUUGUCACUAACCUUUACAUAUUUGAACUCUUUACAUGGAAGGUGGCAGUGGCAGGAAUGGCAUUGCCCUGGGCUGGUUUUGGGUUUGGUGCGGCAGCAGGUCUGGUGUGCAGGCGCCCAUGGCAAGAAGUGAUGACCAUAGCCAUAGAGAGUGGAAUUCAGAAUACUGGUCUGGCCAUCUCGAUAAUCAAGGUGGUAUUGGAGGGCUGGUCACCACUGGGGGAGUUGAUAGUGGUGAUAGCUAUGGCUGUCUCACUCUUAACACUGCCUCCCCUCCUUGUGGCCCUGGUAACUAAAAUAUCCCUUCCAUACUGCACCACUACUCAUCCAUAUGAAGACACAGAUGGUGUCAACCUUUCAGAAAAGCCAGCUACUAUUAAGACACCAUUAUGCCCAACCAAGUACCAACCUACUUCAUGACUGGCACUUGGUAAACUUUUCUUGAUCUCCUAAGUAGAAUUCAGCAAACUUUGUUUUCAGCAACAUUUUCAUGUCAAAAGUAUCUUGUCUGUAUUGAGGUGAGUCUAUUACUUCUGAUUCAUGUCCCUGUUUUAGUGAAAACAUUUUUGUGUACAGUAUGUAAUUAAAUCCAUAAUAAAGUCUUAAAGU